AUGGCAAAUUCCACCUCUGACGAUUCUCACUACUCUGACUUCAAUUUACAAAGCUUCAUUCCUGACACCUCCCAACCGCUUUUCUACAAUUCCAUUCCCGCUUUCUCUAUAUCUUCGGCAUUGGAGGAGACAGGACAAGACGAAUUACAGAGAGAGCACGAAAAACGGAAAGAUUUCAAUGACUUGCAAAACCACUUUGCCAUGACACUGUCUCUAUUUGGUGCGGGCCGUAUUCUUAUGGAAAGUUCGAAUCGAUUGCUCAUAUCUGAGAGCCUUCUGCGAAUUUACCAUGAUGUUCUAGAAAACAAUCUCAGUUGCUGGUUGGCAGAGGAUACGUGCCCAUACAAGAUGCGGCAAAGGCGGCUUGAACACCUCUCUAUCCACCAGAGCCCGAGUUCAGGACAAUUACCGCCCGAAUGGGGCGUGUCAUGGUCAAAUCGCAUGUACUGCCGUAUAAAACAGCUUGAUCGAUCUGCCCGGCUGGCGAAGCUAGUUCAUCUCACUGCAUCUGAAAAUCGAGCGGCUUCUAAAGCCCUCGAGUUAUCUAUUAUGGCAUUUGCCACACAGUGGGCCCAAGGAGGACAGCGCCGGGAUGAUUACUGGCUGGUAAAUAGUUGCGAGGAUGAUGGUUUGCGCGACGAAUUUGGGCAAAUACUACAUCGGUCUAUUUGGGAUUAUGCAAACCAGGCGCUUCAAGAUGUCUCCCACGUGGAGUGCUUUAGGGUGGUUUUUGCUGAGCUGGUUUUUGGUCUUAUACAGAAGCCGUCGUCAGGCUAUUUCGAUGCGCGCUCGAAGGAAAGGCAGGACACUGAUCAAAACAAAAGUCCGAAGCCUUCAGCGUUGUCCCAGGUCAUGGACAUCAUUCAUCAAGGGGAACCGCCCAUAUUUAUAGAGCGAGGGGCUCGCAAAAUACACGUGCUCAAAAGCAGAUUCAAAGCGCGCCAAGCAGGCUUUCACUACCACGGUACCAAAUUAGACGAGCAAGUCCCUCGACAAUUCAGCACAGAAGAGACCCAAACAGUUGGCCUCUUGUACUGGCUCGCAAUCAUGUUUGACACGGUCUCUUCAUCCAUGAAUGAGCGGCCGGUCGUCGUUCCUGACGAAGAAUGUCAACACGAAGCUGCACAGGAGGCAGUGCAAAAUGAUAUUCAAACCCCGGUCUCUAGUCGUCGAUGGGAACUUGACCUCUACGCCCAGGAAGAUUCUGAGAAGGCAUUAGCCCUGCGUUGGCCUUGCUUGACCGAGUCUAUUAUCAAAGCCCUUCCCAGAUCAGCAGCUGUCAAAGUGCUGCUCUUUCGCUAUAUCUCAUAUCUUCAGAACUCUCUACGAAAUGCCGAGUGCAGCCAAGUCGUGGAAGACAUAAUCCAGCGCACGAUAUGUGUGUACCGCUAUUGGAUGAGGACGCAUGGGUCUUUAUUCCGCGACCUGACCAGGCACUACGAUUCAAUCCCUCCGCGGAUUAAGAGCUGGUUCCCGUGUAUUAGUAUCCCCUGGCAUCUUGGUUCACUCAUGCUGGCCGAUCUGAUCGAGUUCGUGGAUGUGAACAGACUUGGCGGCAAUGACUACAUGGCAGAGCGUCAAGAUGCCUGUCUGGUAAUGAGAAUCCGGAAAGAAAGCUCAAUCGAUAUGGCAGACCUUGCAGCUGUCAUGAUCCCUGGACCUUUGGGGGGGAUAGGUUUAAAUCAACUGCCGGGCUUUCACUUCGCCGUCAAUAAAAGCCCACUUUUGACUGAGCCCUGGACGGUGCUCCAUGUUAGGGCGUUUUCAAAAGCUUCAAUAUUUCACUUGAAGGAAAUAGAAAAGCUACAGAAGUACCAAAUUCUUGUCUUUGAUCAUGAAAGAAAGGCCUUGCAGGCGAGUGUUGCACGACUCGAGAACUGUGUUACAGCACUCCGAUUCCUGGGCAUCAAAUCGAGGAUGGCUGAGGCUAUUUCCAUAGUACUAUCUGAGUCGCUGAAUAAAUGUCGACCUCUGGGCUGA